CAGACUUAAGGGGCCAAUUUUAUGUUUCAAGAAAUUUGUUAUGUGAUUUUUGUGAUUAUUUAGUAAUUUUAAGAUAUCUUAAGUUAAUUUCAUUAAUUCAACGAAAGAUCAAUAUCAUUAUGCCUGAAGCAAUAGUAGAAGUUAUAAAAUCCAAACAAGUGGAAGUAAAUACUAAAAUAAAUGAUUUGGCCAACUAUUUUGAGAAGGUGGUCAUCUCCGGGAUGUCAGGCAGAUUUCCAUCUUCUGACAAUGUUGAAGAAUUCAAACAGAACCUCAUGAAUAAAGUUGAUAUGGUCACAGACUCCAGUUUGAGAUGGCCACCAGGAUUUUUUGGAUUACCAAAACGAUGUGGAAUUAUAAAAGAUGUAAGCAAGUUUGAUGCUUCUUUUUUUGGAGUGCAUCCAAAGCAAGCAGCUAGAAUGGAUCCACAGAUAAGAAUGUUGCUUGAAACUACCUAUGAAGCCAUUGUUGAUUCAGGUGUGAACCCUGCCUUGUUGAGAGGUACAAGAACAGGGGUGUUCAUAGGAAACAGUGCGUCAGAAUCUCACGAUGGUUGGUCCAAUGACUUGCCAAAGUUGACUGGCUAUGAAAUGUCCGGAUGCACAAGGUCGAUGUUUGCCAACAGAUUGUCCUACUUUUUUGAUUUCAAAGGACCGAGUUAUACAGCCGACAGUGCCUGCUCAUCAGGUUUGUUAGUGUUGGACCAAGCAUUGCAUGCCAUCAGGACUGGAUUGUGUGAUGCAGCCAUCGUUGGUGCAUGCAAUCUUUGCCUCAGACCCGCCACCAGUGCUCAGUUUCAGAAACUCAGCAUGCUGGCAAGUUAUGGAGCUUGUAGGUCAUUUGAUGCUUCUGGUUAUGGAUAUUGCAGGAGUGAAUCGGUUGUUGUCAUCUUCAUUCAGAAAGAGAAGGAUGCAAAGCGAGUUUAUGCCUCCCUCGUUCACAGCAAGAACAACAGUGAUGGAUUCAAGGAGCAAGGCAUCACGUACCCAUCUGGUGAAAUGCAGAAGCGGUUGUUGUUGGAAGUUUAUGAAGAAGCUCAUGUUAACCCAACUGAGGUUUCCUACGUUGAACUUCACGGCACAGGCACGAAGGCAGGUGAUCCUGAGGAAGCCAAUGCCGCCGCUGAUGUCUUCUGCACGAAGGAACGCAAAGGCAGCCUGUUGAUUGGUUCAACAAAGUCGAAUAGUGGCCACCCAGAGCCAGCCUCGGGGCUUGUGGGACUUGUGAAGGUUUUGAUAUCGAUGCAUGGUGGCAUCAUCCCUCCCAAUCUUCACUAUGAUCAACCAAAUGAAAACAUUCCUGGAUUGAUUGAUGGAAGGCUGAAGGUUGUGACCGAGCCGACGAAAUGGGACGGAGGUCUUGCAGCCAUCAGUUCGUUUGGUUUUGGAGGUACCAACGUUCAUCUGCUUCUUCAAUCAUUUAAACCUUCCAGCAGCAACUCAAUCGAUGUCCGUCAGUCAAACGACUCGAAGGCUCGUUUGGUGACAUGCUGCGCCAGAACAAAGCAGGGAGCUGAAUUGGUGUUGAAGAAAGCGGUGGAGUUUCAGGACAACGUAGCUGCUCAAGCUCUUUUGCAGGAUUCAUUUGGUAAUCUUCCAUUGAAUUCACACCCGUACAGAGGAUCGGUCAUUAUCAAUUCCAUCAGUCCACUGGCGGCUCCUUCAAAAACGCCGAGUGAGAAGCGUCCAGUGUGGUUCAUAUUUGCAGGGAUGGGCACUCAGUGGGAUGGCAUGGGCAGGGAUCUGCUGUGCAUCAACUCGUUCAGGAGAUCCAUCAUGAAGUCUCAUCAGUUGCUGGAACAGUUUGACAUCCACCUCUUGGACAUGAUCCUCAGUGCAGAGCAUGACACGUACAAAGACACCAUCAAGUCCUUCGUCGGCAUUGCUGCCAUCCAGGUUGCACUUGUUGAUGUAUUGAAGGAAUUGAAGAUAGAAGCUGACGGAUUCAUUGGUCACUCGGUUGGAGAGCUGGGGUGUGCAUAUGCAGACGGAGGCUUAACUGCUGAAGAAACGUUGUUGGCUGCUUAUUGGAGGGGCAAGUGUGUUUCUGAGGGCAAGCUUCCACCUGGAAAAAUGGCUGCAGUUGGUCUUUCAUGGUCAGAAGUGACUCAACGAUGUCCAGAUGGUGUGGUGCCAGCGUGUCACAACUCUGCUGAUACGGUCACUAUUUCAGGUCCUGAGGAUGUGGUGACAGCAUUCGUCAAUCAGUUGCAAUCGGAAGGAGUUUUCGCAAAAGAGGUGAAAAGUGCCGGUGUGGCCUUCCAUUCAAAGUACAUGGCUCACAUUGCCCCGCAACUUCAACACAAACUAUCCGAGGUCGUCAUCCAAGUGAAACGGGCACGAUCACCAAAGUGGAUAUCUUCAUCCAUUCCCGAGUCUCGCUGGUCUUCCGAUUUGGCUCUGUACUCAAGUGCUGAGUACCACGUUAACAACCUCAUCAGUCCUGUUCUUUUUCAGGAGGCCUUGCAGAAAGUUCCAUCUAAUGCCAUCACUAUUGAAAUUGCAUCACAUUGUCUUCUUCAAGCCAUUUUGAAGAGGAGUUUGUCUGCCGAUUGUUCAUUCAUUGGCCUCAUGAACAGGACACAACCGGACAAUUUAGCUUUCUUUCUUAACUCCCUGGCUAGAUUGUACAGAUGUGGGGUUGAUUUUGAUCCGUUUGAUUUGAAACCUGGCGAUAGACCACGUUAUCCAAUCGAUUAUUCAGUUCCGUCCUUCUCAUCUCUCAUCACCUGGGACCACGCCACACAAUGGGAUGUGCCGACGUACGAAGAUUUCACGAGAUCCUCCUCGUCAUCGUCGGCAGCUUCUGAGGCAUUCGUCUUUGAACUCUCUCCCGACUCUGAAGAUGCUUACUUAUUUGGUCAUAAGAUAGACGGUAGAGUGUUGUUUCCUGCCACAGGGUACUUGGUGCUGGCGUGGAAGACCAUCGCCAAGUUUCAUGGGCGUUCGUUUGAUCAACUGCCCGUCACAUUUCGCGACGUUCAUAUACACAGGGCCACCAUACUGCCAUCUGCUGGUGAGGUGAGGUUGGACGUCUGCAUGACGCCAUCAUCAGGCUAUUUUGAAGUAUCAGAGAGUUCAAGCCUGGUGGUCAGUGGUCACGUGAUGGCUGCCGAUGAAACUGCUCUGAAUGAUUUCUUCGAUGAAACUUCUUUGCUUUCCUCGAUGCAGUCAACAUCAACAUUGAGCUUGAAGACGACAGACAUUUACAAGGAAUUGAAGUUGAGGGGAUAUGAAUAUGGCGACGUAUUCAAAGGAAUUGUAUCAACUGAUGAAUCAGGUGAAGUAGGAGAGCUGGCGUGGUUUGACAACUGGAUUUCAUUUUUGGAUACGAUGUUGCAGAUGCAAGUGGUAGGAUUGUCGGAGAGGGAUCUGAGAUUGCCCACCAGGAUUCAAUCUAUCCAAAUCAAUCCACUCAUUCAUAUUAAUAAGGUCAUUACUAAAGAAGAUGGAAGCAAAGUCAUUCCAGUGCGGUUCGACAAGCAGUUGAACAGCUGUACGUCGGGGUGUGUCGAGGUGUUGGGCCUGCAUGCUACAGUGGCUCCUCGCAGGCCGCCUGGCCAGGUGGACCCCGUCCUCAUGACCUACUCCUUCGUACCUUACCACCAGGACCACUUGCAUCAUCCUGAAAAUUUCACCAACGCUAUUAACAAAUGCAAACAUUUUGCCAAAGAGAAGAUAUCUUGUCUAUUAACUAGGCCAGAUAUAAACGAGAAAAAGAAAUUGAUGCUGCAAAGUUUGAUGGAGAAAAACGAAGACGACAUUAUUAAUGGGUAUGAUGGAGAUUCAUUUAAGAAUGACGCAACAUCAGAUUAUGGAUUGUAUGAAUUGCUAAUGAGAGUGUUUUCACCAAACUCUGAAAAUCUAGUCACAAAAUCAGAACUUCACAGAAAUCACAUAUUUGGAUUGCUGAGAAGAACACAGCCUUUGAUUAACAUUGUUGUUGAAAACAGUCCCUCAGAGAAGAAGUUGAUGUUUAUGGAGUUGGAUGCAGCGGAUGGAUGCGUCUUUCAAUCAGUCAUUCCUCGACUGAACAACGAGCCUGGCUUGAAGUUCAAAUAUUUCGUUUCUGGGUCUGCAGUUGAAAAUAUUGAUAAACAACUCUUCGAUGAUCUUAACUUGGAAGCUUUACAAUGGAACAUUGGUUCUAAGGCUAAUGACAAAAUCCAAGGAAAAGUGGAUGCCUUGAUUCUUGGAGAUGUGUUGAACAAGCAGAAGAACAUCAGUGAAUAUUUAUCAGCAUGUUCGACAUUGUUGAGAGAUGAAGGGUUUAUAUUGGUAUAUGAACCGACCAGAAACUUCGGGUUGGCCUGGUUACUUCUGCGUGCCAGUGACAGUUUGUACAUGCAUGCAGAGGAACAAACAGCUUCUUCAUUUUGCAGUACCAAGGAGUGGCUGCAGAUAUUUGCUGAAGCCAACUUCAACGUAGUGUCUCACGUUAGCGACGGAUACCUACAUACAGCAUUCCUGCUGAGAAAGAAAACUAGUUUGAAGGUUACCGAUGAGCAAAUUAAAUGGAUAGAUGUCACUAACAAUACUUAUCAGUGGGUUGAGAUUGUCAAACGUUUUCUAUCGGAUGCUAAAACAACGAGGUUGUGGUUAAGAGGUAGUGAGGUGAAUUCGGGUGUUGUGGGGCUUGCAACCUGUCUGAGAAGAGAACCUGAUGGUGAAAAGAUCAGAUGCUUGUUAAAUUGCAGUCCUGAGAUGAAUGCAAGAGAUGUUGAUGAGCUGUUGCAGAAUGACUUGUUCAUGAACGUUUAUAGAGGCGGGCUGUGCGGCUCUUUCAAGCAUUUACCGCUCGAGCGGGGUUUGUACAAUGAAAUAGAGACGGAAGCAGCGUACGUGAACGUGCUGACACGAGGGGAUCUCUCAUCAUUGAGGUGGAUAGAAUCGCCCCUCAAGUUCUUCGACCCCUCCCUCGACCCCGCCAAGCAACUCUGCACUGUCCAUUUCACGUCACUCAACUUCAGAGACAUCAUGCUCGCUACGGGAAAGUUACCUCCAGAUGCAAUUCCUGGAGACCUGGCCUCUCAGGAUUGCUUGCUGGGCAUGGAGUUCUCGGGAGUUAAUCAACGAGGGGAAUCUGUCAUGGGUCUGUUGCAAGCUAAGGGGUUGGCAACUGUGGUUGAUGUGCAUGAGAAGUUUCUGUGGAAGGUUCCAGAUGGAUGGACAUUGGAACAGGCAUCAACCGUCCCUGUUGCUUAUUCAACUGCUUACUAUGCACUGGUUAUCAGAGGUCGCGUCAAGAAGAACGAGUCAGUUCUCAUUCAUUCGGGUAGUGGGGCCGUCGGACAAGCUGCCAUCUCCAUUGCGUUGCAUUGCGGCUGCAAAGUCUUCACCACUGUUGGAUCAGCUGAGAAGAGGAAUUAUUUGAUGAAGAGGUUUCCACAGCUAACUGAUUCGAACUUUGCUGACUCCAGAAGCUCAAACUUUUGGCGAACCAUACUGAAAAACACAGGAGGCCGAGGGGUGGAUGUCGUUUUAAACUCAUUGGCUGAAGAUAAAUUGCAAUCAAGUGUUCGACUGUUGGCACAGCAUGGAAGAUUUCUAGAAAUUGGAAAGUUUGAUUUAUCAAACGAUUCCGCAUUAGGGAUGUCUAUUUUCUUGCGGAACAUUUCCUUUCACGGAAUUUUACUGGACGCACUUUUCUCUGGGAGUUGUUGUGAAUGGGAUGAAGUCUCAAAACUUAUGGUGGAUGGGAUGGCAAGUGGGGUGGUAGUGCCACUGCAGACAACUGUCUUCGAGAGAGAUGCCAUUGAAAGUGCUUUCAGGUACAUGGCACAAGGAAAACACAUUGGAAAAGUCGUCAUCAGACAACUGCGGACGCCUGCAGCAACGGCAAUAAAGAGUUCCACUAAAUCAUACAAAAUCAAGGCCAUCUCUCGAGUCACUUGCCAUCCGCAGAAGUUGUAUUUGAUUGUUGGCGGAUUGGGUGGGUUUGGAAUUGAACUCUGUCAGUGGUUAGUUGAUAGAGGUGCCAGGAAGCUGGUGAUCACUUCAAGGUCAGGCAUUAAGUCUGGAUUUCAGAAAAGAAGAAUUGAACAGUGGAAAAGCAAGGGCGUUGAUGUCCAGGUGUCAACGAGGAAUGUUUCAGAUAAGAAGCAGACGGAGUUGUUGAUUAGUGAAUGCCUUCAGAAUGCUUCUGGUAUUGGAGGAAUCUUCAACCUGGCCAUGGUCAUUCAGGAUAGUCUCAUUUCUAAUCAGACACCAGAAAAAUUUGAGCAAGUUGCUGAACCAAAGGUGGUUGGUACCAUAAAUCUUGACAUUGAAACUAGAAGGCAGUGUAAUUCUAAAACAGAUAGCAGCAAGUUAGAUUGGUUUGUGACUUUUUCUUCGGUCAGCUCUGGCAAAGGUAAUCCGGGUCAGUCAAAUUACGGCUGGGCCAACUCAACUAUGGAAAGAAUUUGUGAGGAGAGAGUGAGACAUGGAUAUCCUGGUCUUGCAAUUCAGUGGGGAGCUGUUGGUGAUGUGGGAAUAGUUGCUGAAUCAAUGGGUGAUGACGUGGUUAUCGGGGGAACGUUACCUCAGAAAAUUACUUCUUGUCUUUCUACUCUGGACAAAUUUCUCGAACAACCCAAUCCUGUGGUGUCCAGUUUUGUUUUAGCAAGUCACAAAAAGACCAAAGUUCAGAGUGCAAACAAAAUUGGACUAAAGGAGUCAGUUGCAAGGAUAUUGGGUGUCAAGGACGUAUCGUUGCUUCCCCCUGACCAAACCCUGGGAGACCUGGGAUUGGACUCCCUUAUGAGUGUCGAAGUUAAACAAACGUUGGAAAGAGAUUAUGACCUGACGCUGCCCAUCAAGGAAAUCAGACUGCUGUCUUUUGGGCUUCUUGACAAGCUUGCUGAUCAGCCGUCGUCAGCACAAACGCCAACAGUAGAUAAUUCACCUCUGCUCUACACGAUCAAUGACCUCCUUCCUAAAGAUAGAAUAGUCUACAUGAGCGACCCACACGUUAAUAGAAGCAAACCUCCUCUGUUUGUCAUUCCUCCAAUCGAAGGUUCAGUUGUUCUGCUGAAGCCUCUCACGCUCAAAUUCGAUUGUCCAGUCUACGGACUGCAAUGUACUUCUGAUCUCCCGUUAACAUCGGUCGAAGAACUUGCCAAGUAUUAUGUGGAGACGAUAAAGAGCCUGCAAGCAGUGGGACCCUACCAAAUACUUGGAUACUCGUUCGGAGCAUGCAUCGCCGUUGAGGUGGCACUGCAGCUCCAGCGCGAUGCAUCAGCAGCUGCUGGAGGCUGCAGGAUGAUCCUCUUGGACGGCUCACACAGUUACGUGCUCUCCAUGAUUGCCAGCUACUCGGACAGCCUCGGCUCAGGCGAUCAGAAUGAACUCGAGACAACUAUGAUAUGUGCUUUUGUGGACCACAUUGUCAGAAGAGUGGGAAGCAGAGAAACGAAAGAAAUUGACAUUCCAGAGCUGGGAACUAAGUUGGUUAACAAGCCCGAUCUUGAAAGCCGUUUGGACCUCAUGUGCGAAGUCUUGAGAGAUGCGGGAAAGAUCGCAUCAUCAUCCGAUGCCGACGCAUUCAAGCAGGCCAACAGAAUUUUCUACAAAAAACUCAUGAUUUCCCAUCGUUACAAACCUUCGAGCAAGAUUGAAAACGCUGUAGUUCAUCUCAUCAGAGCUCAAGGAAGUUCAGCCAAACACGAUGAAGAUUAUGGAAUGCGAGCUAUUUGUUCGCAAGCACUUAACAUAUAUGUCGUCGAAGGCACACACGACACAUUCUUCAAAAAUGCUGGCGAAGAAAAGGUGGCCAAAAUAAUUAAAGACUGUCUCAUGUAGUAAACGUGUCUAGUUGUUAUUAUUAUUAUUGCUACAGGAAUAUUUUGGGAUUGUUUUCAAGUUUGUUAUGUACAAUUUAAAGUAACGGACGCAUUUUGUUGACCGGCACGAGUUUGCGAAAGUGCGUUUUUAAACAGUUCUGCCUGUUUCCCUUAAGUAAACAUUUUGUAUCUGCGUUGUUAAGAGAGUUACCAUGCUAGUGGUGUCUUUGCUAUUUUACGUGUUUACAUUUUUUUGCAAUUUUUUUAGAGGUAUCGAGAAGAAAAACACUGUAUGUAAACACUCGUGAAUCAGCGCAUUACGCACAUUUAGUCUAACAGGCGGGAAUCUCAUUGCGUUCGAAGCCAGUCACUGCAACACCAUCGCACUCACUGCCCUUUAUUGUUAUUAUAAUUACGAUGGU